AUGGCGCCCAAGCAACCGUUUAAGGUGCAUUCGCUUAGCAAGCACAUCGAGAACACCAAGAAGGGCCUGUCCGCUGAGUCUCAGUUCAACCGCCGCCCUGCUGGCCGUGCGCCCGCCGUCAAGAAGGACCCCGACUCCUUCGAUCCCAACAACCUCUUCCAGAGCCCCGGCGACGAUGACGAAGAACCUCCCAGCGAUAGCAAUAGCAGCAGUGACGGUGAGGGUGGCUCUGACUUUCUUCGAAAACUCGCCGCGCCUGAUGUGAAGACUCCCACUCCUGCCUCGCGUCGUCGCAACAAGGACGUCGAGAUCGCCGAUAGCGACGUCGAACGGAACGCGUCUUCCAAGAACACAACCGCUGCCAAAAAGUCUGCCAAGGUCAAGCCUGAAGCAGAGUCCUCGGACGAUACCAGCAGUUCAUCCGACACCUCGAGCGAUAGUGAGAGCGACAGUGAAGCAGCUGCAAAGCCCACCAAGCCUGCCGCUGCCAAGGAGGCCAGCUCUGAUUCUAGCAGCGAGGAAUCCAGCUCUUCUGAGAGCGAAUCUGAGAGCGAGGCUGAGAGUGAGGCCGAGCCCGAGACCAAGACCAAGGCGAAGCCCGUGGUGAACGGAAAUGCCACUACUGCAACGACUUCGAGCAGCUCCAGCGAAGAGAGUUCGAGCGAGAGCGAGAACGAAGACGAGCCGGCCAAGCCGGUCAAGCCCACCAAGAAGCCAGUCGAAGCUGAGGCUGACAGCUCUUCGUCCAGUGAAGACGAAGAUGAGGAGAUGGUUGAUGAAUCUAUGCACAUCGAGGACCGCCAGAAUAAGAGGCAGCUCGCUGCUGUCCCCAACUUCAUCGCCCCCGAUUUCGUCCUCCGCAAGGGCGACGACGGUGUCAAUGGCAAGGACGUGGCUGAGAUUUGCAACCAGGCCAACCUCGAGGGCAAGCAAUUCUGGUACUUCACUGUCCCCUCCAACGUGCCCAUUUCCGUGGUUCAGAACUUGGAGAUCCCCAUGGACCAUUCCCAGCGCGACAACCCACUCUUCUCCCACGGCGGCGAUGACUAUGGUGUUUCGUUCGAGAGUAUUGCUCCCAAAGGCAACAUUCAGAUCCUCAUUCCAUCUGCAGACGGCUCACAAUAUCGAUCAUCUACUCGACAAGUCAACCAAGUCAUGCAGGUCAAGAAGAUUACACAACUGGCCAGCCUCCCUAGCUCUGCCAUUGGUCCCGCUGAAAGACGAACCCCUCGCGCCCAGCCCAAGGGUCUCAGGUCCCGGUACCAACCCAUCGGUGUCAACGAGCCCACCGACAACCUCGAAGCGGACGGUAGCGAGGUGGAAGAGGAUACCGAGAUGACGGAAGCUCCCGCUGUCCCUACUACAUCCAAGACCUCAAGCAAGAAGGAAAAGAAGCGAAAAGAUAAGGACUCUGUUGCUCUGGCUACACCGUCGGCCGGAAAGGAGAAGAAGCAAAAGAACGCUGGCGCAAGCGUCAUUGAGCCCCCAAGCUCCCGGACACUGGGUGUCUCAACUCCUGAAGUCGCUCGCAAGGGUAAGCGGAAGCACACCAUCUCGGAGGAUGAUGCCGCCGCCGCCGCCGAGCAACUGAUGGCGGAGAGCAAGUCUGCUGUGAUCAAGCCGAAGAAGCAGAAGACGAACCGCUCUGGCAGCCCGGAUCUUGGCUCCGAGGCCCCAUCCACUUCCGCAAAGAAGCAGACUCAUGUCCCGCCACCAGCCAUCCCCCAGGCCACGCCCACCCCCAGAUCUGUUUCUCCUCCGGCACCCAGCACCUCCAAGAAGUCCAAAAAGGUCAAGGAGCCCAAGCUUGAGCUGCCUAUCCUGACCAACAACUCCAAGCAAACACCUGUCCCUGUGCCCGCCGUUCCUCACUCCUCCCAGGCGAUUCCCCCCUCGUCGCCCAACCUCACCAAGGAGGAGAAGCGCGCCAAGAAGCGCAAGGAGAAGGAGAGCGCUAAGACCAAGACACCCAGCAGAAAGGUGACGCCAGUGCCACCCCCCAUGAUCGGGUCGAGCUAG